CGGCCACUGAGUGGUUGAGGCCGGAAAACAACGCCUCUCGUCAUUGGCUGAGCCCAGCUGUCAGUUCUCUCGCGUCUGCGGCGCGACACAGUCAGGCGCGGCCUGUAGAGCAGUCUCGAAGCCUGCUGCAGGGAGAAGAUGGCGGUCGCAGUGAGAACUUUGCAGGAGCAGCUAGAAAAGGCCAAAGAGAGCCUAAAAAACGUGGAUGAGAAUAUCCGCAAGCUCACCGGGAGAGAUCCUAAUGACGUGAGGCCCAUCCAAGCUAGAUUGCUGGCCCUUUCUGGUCCUGGUGGAGGUAGAGGACGUGGUAGUUUAUUGCUGAGGCGUGGAUUCUCAGAUAGUGGAGGAGGACCCCCAGCCAAACAGAGAGACCUUGAAGGGGCAGUCAGUAGGCUGGGCGGGGAGCGUCGGACUCGGAGAGAAUCACGCCAAGAAAGCGACCCAGAGGAUGAUGAUGUUAAAAAGCCAGCUUUGCAGUCUUCAGUUGUAGCUACCUCCAAAGAGCGCACACGUAGAGACCUUAUCCAGGAUCAAAAUAUGGAUGAAAAGGGAAAGCAAAGGAACCGGCGAAUUUUUGGCUUGUUGAUGGGCACCCUUCAGAAAUUUAAACAAGAAUCUACUGUUGCUACUGAAAGGCAAAAGAGGCGUCAGGAAAUUGAACAAAAACUUGAAGUGCAGGCAGAGGAAGAAAGAAAGCAGGUUGAAAAUGAGAGGAGAGAACUCUUUGAAGAGAGGCGUGCUAAACAGACAGAACUGCGGCUUUUGGAACAGAAGGUUGAGCUUGCGCAGCUGCAAGAAGAAUGGAAUGAACAUAAUGCCAAGAUAAUUAAAUAUAUAAGAACUAAGACAAAGCCCCAUUUGUUCUAUAUUCCUGGAAGAAUGUGCCCAGCUACACAAAAACUGAUAGAAGAAUCACAAAGAAAAAUGAAUGCUUUAUUUGAAGGUAGACGCAUCGAAUUUGCAGAACAAAUAAAUAAAAUGGAGGCUAGGCCUAGAAGACAAUCAAUGAAGGAAAAAGAGCAUCAGGUGGUGCGUAAUGAAGAACAGAAGGCGGAACAAGAAGAGGGUAAGGUGGCUCAGCGAGAGGAAGAGUUGGAGGAGACAGGUAAUCAGCACAAUGAUGUAGAAAUAGAGGAAGCAGGAGAGGAAGAGGAAAAGGAAAUAAGUAUAGUUCAUAGUGAUGCAGAGAAAGAACAGGAAGAGGAGGAACAAAAACAGGAAAUGGAGGUUAAGGUGGAAGAGGAAACUGAGGUAAGGGAAAGUGAGAAGCAGCAGGAUAGUCAGCCUGAAGAAGUAAUGGAUGUGCUAGAGAUGGUGGAAAGUGUCAAAAAUGUAAUUGCUGAGCAGGAGGUAAUGGAAACCAAUCAAGUUGAAAGCAUAGAACCUUCAGAAAAUGAAACUAGCAAAGAAUUGGAGCCAGAAAUGGAAUUUGAAGUUGAGCCAGAUAAAGAAUCUAAGUCUCUUUCUCCUGUGAAAGAGAAUGCUAGUGCUGUAGAAAUGGAAACUGAGCCUGAGGAAAAAGAAGAGAAAGAAUCUGAACCUCAACCUGAGCCUACUAUUCCGCCUCAGCCCCUGGCUCAGCUCCAGACCCAGACCCAAUCUCAGACCCAGCCUCAGCUUCAGCCUCAGCCCCUGCCUCAGCCUCAGCCUCAGCCUCAGUCUCAGUCCCAGCCUCAGCCUCAACCCCAGUCUCAACCCCAGUCCCAGUCCCAGUCCCAACCCCAACCUCAGACGCAGACACAGACUCAGUCUCAGUCUCAACCAGUACUCCAGCCCCAGCCUGUCUCUCAACCUGAGACUUUACCAUUAGCUGUUUUACAGCCACCACCUCAGGUUAUUCAGGAACAAGGACAUUUGCUACCUGAGAGGAAGGAGUUUCCUGUAGAAUCUAUAAAACUCACUGAUGCAACAGUAGAGCCAGUUUUGACAGCACAUCCAGAGAUCAAAACCAAAACCAAAACUAGGAGCAGAAGUAGAGGCCGAGCUAGAAAUAAGACAAGCAAGAGUAGAAGUCGAAGCAGUAGCAGUAGUAGUUCUAGUAGCAGUUCAACCAGCAGCAGCAGUGGAAGUAGUUCUAGCAGUGGCAGUAGUAGCAGUCGAAGUAGUUCCAGUAGUAGCUCCAGUACAAGUGGCAGCAGCAGCAGGGAUAGUAGCAGCAGCACUACUAGCAGUAGUGAGAGUAGAAGUCGUAGUAGAGGCCGGGGACAUAAUAGAGAUAGAAAGCACAGAAGGAGUGUGGAUCGGAAGCGAAGGGACACUUCAGGACUAGAAAGAAGUCACAAAUCUUCAAAAGGUAGUAGUAGUAGAGAUACAAAAGGAUCAAAGGAUAAGAAUUCCCGGUCUGACAGGAAAAGGUCUAUCUCAGAAAGUAGUCGAUCAGGCAAAAGAUCUUCAAGAAGUGAAAGAGACCGAAAAUCAGACAGGAAAGACAAAAGGCGUUAAAAUGGAAGAAGCCAGGCUUCCUUAGCCCAUUCUUUGCAGCAGAAGAUUUCUUGAUGAGUAAAAGGAUUACCUUUCCUUAUAAGGAGGAUGCUGCCUUAAGAAUUGCAUGUUGUAAAAAUUUUUUGGAAAAUACAGACUGUUUGUUUACCAGACAUUCUUGUACUUUUUGCAUAAUUUUGUAAGAGUUAUUUAUCAAAAUUAUGUGAGGUUCCAAAAUAUGUAAAAAUGAUAAUAAUAAAAAAAGAUUAACAUCCUUUGUCAUCUUUUUUAAAUAUCCUAUACUCUUCAGUAAGAAUCUGUAUAUUUUAAUAGGUAAAUCUUUAAGUCUGUUCCCUUCUAAUUCUGUAUCAUACAUUGCUUUAGUAGAAAUAAAUGUGCAUUUCUUUCAGUAGUUUUGGGAUGUCCUCGUUGACACUUGUAAAUAUUUUCUUGAUAUUCUCAAUUUUUAUCACUAGCUAGAGAACAUGAUCAGAAUGUCUUUGAAGGUUUCCUCAUUUUUAUUUGCCUUAGACAAAUUAUUUUGAGUUGUCAAAGUCAGAUCUUUGCAGCUUUAAUGGGGAACACAAUUUGUUCUCCAUAAAAUCACUUAUAUUUUUUCUAAUUUUAAUAUAGACAGUUUCUCAUUUAAACCAUAUUUGGUAGAUAAAACUGAUUUGGCUGGCAUUUUCUAUACAAUUAUGGGAGCAUCAUUUGUCUCCAUGGUUACUUGUGUGAUACAGCAUAUGCAUCUGUUAAAAUAAUCACUUUCUAGGGGAGGGAAGUAGAAAAGUAUAUUCUAAAUUUGGUUUUUAAGUUUGUGGUCUUGUCUUAACUUUGUGUUGGCUCUAACUGAAACAUGCCAAUAUUGUUUUCAAGAAAUUUUGUUUUAAGUAUUGUUAUGAAAGUGACAAAAUGAAGGAAGUUCAUCUACACUUGAAUCUGUAAGCAAGAUAACACGCAAGUGUACCAAAUGAUUAUUAACCUGUUGUUUUAUAAAUUUGUAUGAAUUUGGAGUAUUUGUUGCCCAUUACUAUACAUGUGCAAAUAAAUGUGGCUUAGACUUGUGUGA